ACCUUUAGAAAAGGGAAAAAAUUACGAAAAGAAAGAAAGAACGUAAAAAAGGAAAAAUCUUCCUAUAUUUUUGUGCCGGCGCCCCUCUUCUCUAACAUUUGUGAUUUGAAAACCGAAAACCCAUUUGCCUUGGUUUCCCUGCAAUCUCUCUCUAUCCCCCCUUUUGCGCUUGGAUAGCAAGACAUAUUUUUUUACAGUAAUAAGGGAUGGAGAUCGAUAAAGCUAUCAGAGAAAGCGACGACCGAAGGUUGAAAACCAAGUACAACAACGCCAUCUAUGUCAUUCAACGAGCUCUCGCUCUCUACUCUAUUGAAGAGGUCGCCUUUAGCUUCAAUGGAGGAAAGGAUUCAACUGUUUUGUUACAUCUGCUCCGAGCUGGUUAUUUUUUGCAUCAAGCUGAACAAACACAGUGCAAUGGGGAUCUCAGUGAUCGCGAAUUCAAAUUUCCUAUACGGACAAUAUAUUUUGAGAGCUCUUCUGCUUUUCCUGAAAUUAACUCAUUCACAUAUGAAACAGCCUCAACUUAUGGUUUGCAACUGGAUAUCCUUCGCCAAGAUUUCAAGUCUGGGUUGGAGGCUCUCCUAAAGGCUAAACCUAUAAGAGCUAUUUUUCUAGGUGUUCGCAUUGGCGAUCCUACUGCGGUGGGUCAAGAACAAUUCUCUCCUAGUUCGCCUGGAUGGCCACCUUUCAUGAGAGUGAAUCCAAUCUUAGAUUGGUCAUACAGAGACGUAUGGGCAUUUCUCUUAACUUGCAAGGUCCGAUACUGCAGUCUGUAUGAUCAAGGAUAUACUUCAAUUGGGAGCAUUCACGACACAGUUCCAAAUGCAUUAUUGGGCGUCAACAACUCGGAUAAUAGCAAAGAAAAAUUUAGACCUGCAUAUCUGCUUCCAGACGGAAGACUAGAAAGGGCAGGAAGAGCAAAAAAGUGUUCGCCUCCUGUUUCUGGAUGUUUUUCUUCCGUUAGCAAUGGCUUGAAAAGUGUUGAUUUGCACAAAAAUGGCAUGCUCAAAGCCUUGGUCAUUGCUGUGGGAGACGAGAUUCUGUUUGGCAGCAUUGCAGACCAAUUGGGACCAUCCUUGUGUAGAAAGCUCUGUUCUAUAGGUUGGACAGUAUCACAAAUUGCUGUGGUCCGAAAUGAUGUAGAUUCUGUUGCUGAAGAAGUUGAACGGCGGAAGUCUGAAAAUGAUAUGGUUUUCAUAUAUGGAGGUGUUGGCCCAUUGCACUCUGAUGUUACUGUUGCAGGCGUUGCAAAAGCGUUUGGGGUUCGCGUGGCUCCUGAUGAAGAAUUUGAAGAAUAUCUUAGACAUCUUAUCAGUGACAAAUGUACUGGGGAUCGGAAUGAGAUGGCUCAGUUGCCUGAGGGUAUCACUGAACUAUUGCAUCACGAAAAACUUCCUGUGCCUUUGAUUAAAUGUCAAAAUGUAAUAAUUCUAAGUGCAACAAACAUUAUCGAGCUGGACAGGGAGUGGGAUUGUCUGAUUGAACUAACAAGAUCUAGUGGCUUUCUAGCAUUGGUGGGAGCAUUUGUGUCAAAGCACUUGAGAACGACUCUAUCAGAUGUAGAAACAGCUCAACCUCUAUCAAAACUUGGUCUCGACUUUCCGGAUCUGUCCAUAGGAUGUUAUCGUGAAUCCAGAUAUGGUUCUCUUGUUAUCAGUUUUCGAGGCAAGGAUGAAGCAAGAAUAGAAGCAGCCGCGGAAGCACUACGCAAGAAGUUUCAUCCGGGUGCUUUCAAUGAAAUCAACUGAUUCGUGUUUGAACCGGUCUUUCUUGAAGCAUAGCCUAUUCACGCAUUGAAUGAGCUUUCUUGUUGCGUACUGGCGGCCUUCUCCAAUUACAUGGUCAAGAGGCAGCCUUUCUAUCUGGGACUGAAAGGGGAGAAGAUGGGUGCCGGGAAUGCACCGAGGUGGAUAGAAGGGGGGGAAAAAUGAGGAAAAACAAUAUAAAGCAAAAUUAUGACAACAGUUCUAUGACUGUAAAAACCUAGAUUCUUAUGAAUGGCAACAUUCUUGCUAAGUCCCAUACUAAUUUUCAACAUUUCAAUUAUCCGUAAUUAUACUCUUGAGCUAACAUUAUGGAAUGCCAUUGUUUGCAACACCAAACAACGUACCGAUGAGGAUUCCAGAAUUUGCAUCUCAUAUCGACUUCCCGGAUAAAAAUGUUGUUUCCGCAAUGAAUAAGAGAAUGUUAUGGUUUCUUGUCAA